AAUGUUGAAGACACCGUUGAAAUGUUACCAAAAUCGAGAAGAGCACUUACCAUUCAAGAGAUUGCGGCGUUAGCCAGAUCUUCAUUACAUGGCAUCUCCCAGGCGAUGAAGGACCAUGUGACACGGCCCACAGGCAUGGCCCAGGGCAGGGUGGCCCACCUGAUAGAGUGGAAGGGCUGGUGUAAGCCCACUGACACCCCCGCAGCUCUGGAGUCUGACUUCAACAACUACUCUGACCUCACUGAGGGAGAACAGGAGGCCCGCUUCGCUGCUGGUGUGGCGGAGCAGUUUGCCAUAGCGGAGGCUAAGCUGAGAGCCUGGUCGUCUGUGGAUGGAGAUGACUCUAAUGACGACUCGUAUGAUGAGGACUUCAUUCCCGCCAACGAGCCCACAACACAAAGCACAGACAUUAGCAGGGUGCCUCCUUACCUGAGGGACAUUCUUCAAAGUCAGGUGUGUCAGCACCUGGGUCUGCGGGGGCCGUGCUGUGAGGGGGCAGGAGGAGGAGAGGGGGGAGACAGGCCCUCCCCCACCUCCACAGACACCCUCUGCUCCAGCCUCUGCAGCCUGGACGAGCAACACCCCUUACUGCGAGAUCUCACCCAUCACUGCGGCAACAACCACGGUAACACCGCCGAGCUGGCUGCCAAGAUCCUCUCAGCCCUGCAAGGGGGGGAGGAGCUGCUGUUGGCCCGCCUCCAGAGGGUGGGGCAGGGGGAGUCACCUUGCUACUCUGUGACCUACUCCGAGACCUAUCUGUCGCCCGGGGAAGACGAAGGUACGCCCUGCAAAGACUAUGAGGGCACCGUGGGCCAGGGAGAAGGAGAGCGCGAGGUGUACCCACCUGACUAUGCCACCCACAGGAAGGUCUCAGAUGUAGCCUCCUCCGGGGUGGUGUCUCUGGACGAGGAUGAAGAGGAGGAAAAGGAGGAGGAGGAUAGGGAGAGAGAGCAGAGAAACCAAUGA